UCUAUAUUUACAAAGUUCUGAAGCAAGUCCACCCCGAUACUGGUAUCUCCAGCAAGGCUAUGGGAAUCAUGAACUCGUUCGUGAACGAUAUUUUUGAGCGAAUUGCCGGUGAAGCUUCUCGUUUGGCCCACUACAACAAGAAAUCGACCAUCUCAUCGCGAGAAAUUCAGACUUCGGUUCGUCUGCUCUUGCCCGGAGAGUUGGCCAAGCACGCUGUCAGCGAAGGAACGAAAGCCGUGACCAAGUACACAAGCAGCAAGUAAAAAGGUUUUCCUGUAAACCUUCAAAACAAAAACCGGCUCUUUUAAGAGCCAACAAAUGUAUGAAAGAAUUGAACCAAUACUCGAUGAUGAUGAUAAUCUAAUUUCUAACCGCAUUUAUAGGCGAGCGCAGUACAUCUCUUUGAAAUUCAUUGUAUAUAAAAUACCAAGCUAGCAAGUCUAUAAAACAGCUGUAAUUCAGAAACUAAAAUUUGAACAGACUUGGCGAUGUUUUCAUUUUAAUAGCAACAGGCGAGUAUUUCGCCCCUGCCUGCUGUACAAAAAUAAAAUUGCAAACUUCGCAAGGCCGCUAUAUUUAUAUCCCGCAGAGUUAUAUCGAUUUCGCCAAUUCUAUAGUACUUUACCAGCAAGCCUCAUAUUUUUGUUAGUAUAUCUGCUCCUUUAAACUGUGGUUUGAUUUUCUUUUCUUUGCCUUAUUGUCCAACAAUAGAGUAGCCUGCAUGCAUUUAGGAAAACUGCAUAAAAAGUUUCGGUAUGAAAGAGCUUUGCAGAUAUUUACA